AUGAGUGGGGAACAGCUGGAGGAUUUCGAGGCCUUGCUGGAUACCGAUUUUAGUGCCAUUCAAUUUAGCAAUGACCUUCUGAAGGCAACGAAUGGUGGACCAUCAACAGCAGAACUAGAUUUAGGAACUUCGAUUAAAAAGAUUAACUAUGAUAUAGGCGAAAUAAAUCUGAGAAUUGAUGACACGAUAAAGACAAAUCAUAAUGGACUUAUGGAUGAGGUGUUUAGGGUAAAGUCCUUGCAGAAGACAACAGCAGCGGGCCUGAAACCGAGUUUAGAGUAUUUGGAUAUGUCAUAUCAAAGAUUGCAAAAUGAGGUUUUGGAACCCCAUAGCAAGGCACAGAAACUUCAAAAUGUGCUUAGCAAGGUACAUCAAACCUCUUCUUUAUUGCGUGAUGCUCUGGUCUAUAUUCAUUUGGUAAGCAGAAUGCAAUCGCUACUUGAAGAGCAGACCACAUUAACUACAGAAAGGUCCUUGCAAUUAGCAUCGAUACAUACUCAAUUAAGACUCAAUAUGGAAAAGAAUGCCAAUUUGACAUCAUUAAGAUUGAUUAAGAAGCUAGAAGCCGAAGUUGCCCUACCAAAUAAGAAAGAGGUACUAAAUUUCAUAGCUGUAACUCUCUCAAAGCAGUGCACGAACUAUGACAAAUCAAGAGACAAUACAGAAACAGUAGCAAAACUUAUGAAAUCAUUAUACGGCUUAUCCAAGCAAGAAUAUGUAUCAACAAUUCAUAAAAUUGUUUUAACGAGUAUAGCUCUUAGCGCACAAACCUUAGCUAAGACGUUGAACUCUAUUAAAACAUUUCCCACUGCAUUCGAGGAAGUUGUCAGUAGGGGAUCUAUCAUAUAUCAACUAGAAGAAAUAAUGCGGAAAGAAAAAGUCGAAAAAUUCAAUCUACUCAACGAAUUCAUGUCACAAAUGAGACCUAAGCCACUUUCGCCGACCAAACUUUUUUGGAGCAGAAUAGCAAGUAAUUUCAAAAAAGAAUUUGACCUUUCUUACACAAGAGGUGGACCUGUUGGUAAGUCUUUAUCUAGACAUGAAACUAUGAUAGCGGACACAAUAAAACAAGCGAUGAGUAAUAACGCUGCGAUCAACAGCUACCUAGAUAUGAUGCUUGCAUCUGUUUCUAUAUUACAGAACGAUUAG